CAGAGUAUCAUCUGUGGCCCUGACUGUUACUAACAUAAAAUAACCUAACUAUUCAAGUUCAAGUAGAUAAAAUAAAUCGAUGGACUUUCCUUUAAAGCUUUUCACCAAAAAAACCAUUAGAAUCCACACCACUUGAUGUUCGCAAGCACCCUUUUGCUCAACUAUCCAGAAAAGCAUGGAAGGCUUCAAGUUGAUAAAACAAGGGGCUGAGGCCAAGUUAUACCAAGGCGUCUACUUGGGAGUCCCCACAAUUAUCAAAGAAAGGUUUGUCAAAACCUACAGGCACAAGCAUCUGGACGACUCGCUAACCAAGGAGCGAAUGCGGGCAGAAGCCAAAGCGCUGGUAAGAUGCAAAACUGUUGGAAUCGCAACCCCCAUGCUCCUAAACGUGGACUUCCACACAAGAAUGAUUUUUAUGGAGCACUUCGUGCAUAGCAUAACGUUGAAGGACUUCAUAGAGCAGACCUGCCUGGAUACGCUGCUGGAGUUGUCAGUGCUGAUAGGGAAAACGCUGGGCAAAAUGCAUGCAGGCAGUAUCAUUCAUGGGGAUCUCACUUCUUCCAACAUUCUGCUGGUCAACACCAGCAACAAGGACUGUUUUGAGGACCUGCAGGAGCUGAAGCUGGUUUUGAUCGAUUUCGGGCUGGCCCACAUCGAGCCCUGCGCGGAGGACAAAGGGGUGGAUCUGUAUGUUCUGGAACGAGCCCUCCUUAGUACUCAUGCAGUGGCAGAGGCGAUUUUUCCCAGCAUACUGGAAGGGUACAAGCAGAGCUACAAAAACGGGUUUAGGGAGGUUUUUUGCAAGUAUGAAGAAGUGCGAGCGAG